GCCACAACGCUUCGUUUCGAAGCCAAUAUCACGCCUGCGACGACUGACGCAAUCUUCUUUGUUUCUUUCUUCUCUUCCGUUAACUGAUCCGCCUUCGCACGACUUUUGUCCUGCUUCUUGAUUCUAGCUAUUGUUUAUCUUCCCAUCUUUUCUUGUCGAUGACUUUCGGUCUCUGUUGUCUGCGCUCUUCCGAUCCAUGUACGUCCCUUGUUCUUGCCGCCUCUGCAUCGAUCUCCUCGAUUUUUAAGGCCAAUUAAUGCGAUCGCGAGUUGCGUUUUUGUUAGAAGAUUUGGAGUUAUGCAUUCCAAGAAUGCGCCGCAGAGGGCUCCAUCGAAGCUCUUCACGUUGAAUCUUCUCGUCAAGUCCUUCAUCCUCUUGAUUGUAUUAGGCACCGGUUUCUCUGUUCUCAUCAUGUACAAGCCGCAGUACAUCGACCUUCACUCCAUGGCGAUGCGAACUAUCUCUAUGUCUUGGUCCCCGGCCCAUUGCGCAGAUGAGGGAACCAGUCUCCAGCGGUGGAUUGCGCCGCCGUCCAACUUGACGCAUAGCAUGACGGACGAGGAGCUCUUUUGGAGAGCUUCCUUCGUUCCGCAGGUGAAAAAGUACCCUUAUAACAGGACAUCGAAGGUGGCGUUUAUGUUCCUCACCAAAGGACCUCUGCCUCUCGCGCCGCUGUGGGAGGAGUUCUUGAAAGGCCACGAAGGGAAGUAUUCCAUUUACGUUCAUUCGUCGCCGGAUUACCAGCCGGAUUUCCCUCGGCGGUCGGUGUUCUACCGCCGGCAGAUUCCCAGUCAGGUGGCCGAGUGGGGGAAGAUGAGCAUGUGCGACGCCGAGCAGCGACUCCUCGCGAACGCUCUGCUCGACGUGGACAACGAGCGAUUCGUGCUGCUGUCGGAAUCCUGCAUUCCUCUGCACAAUUUCAGCACCGUUUACGGUUACUUGGUUCAUUCAAAGCGCAGCUUCGUCGGGGCAUUUGACGACCCCGGUCCUCACGGACGAGGAAGAUACAAUCACAACAUGGCGCCAGAAGUGAGCAUCUCCCAAUGGAGAAAAGGCGCGCAAUGGUUCGAGGUGGAUCGAAACCUUGCGGUCUUCCUCAUUCACGACGCCAAAUACUAUCCGAAGUUUAGGGAUUUCUGCAGGCCUCCCUGCUACGUAGACGAGCACUACUUCCCGACCAUUCUCGCGAUCGAGCUGCCUCAUCUUCUUGCGAACAGGAGUUUGACCUCGGUGGAUUGGUCGAGGGGAGGAGCUCACCCUGCUACGUUUGGAGGGCGAGAUGUGACCGAAGGGUUUCUAAAGAGGCUCAAGGGACGGCAGAGCUGCAUGUACAAUGACCUCCCGGCGGCUGUGUGCUUCCUUUUUGCUCGCAAGUUUUCUCCCAGUGCAUUGAAGCCCUUGUUGCACUUCGCACCGAUUUUACUUGGCUAUGGCAGCGAGCAACGAUUGUUCGAAUGAUUUGUUAAGAAUGUUGAGAUUAUUAUGGGCCACCUGUUUUAUUUUCUUUCAGUUCACUGAUUGAUUGGUUCAUGUUGUGAUCAAGAAAGAAAGAAAGA